AUGGAGAACAUCAACAACUUUGUGAUUCAGCCAACCGAGGCACACACGCACACCAUCAUAAUACUUCACGGCCGCGACAGUGUCGCUUCCGAAUUUGCAGGAGAGUUGUUUGAAAGCCAAGCGUCGGACGCACGCACACUACCAGAAAUCUAUCCCGGCUUUAGAUGGGUCUUUCCAAACUCCAGUAUGCUCAGGUCAAAGCGCUUCGACACGGAGAUGUCACAGUGGUUCGAUAUGUGGAGUACGGAACAUCCGCAUGACAAAGAAGAGAUGAGCAGAGCAGGCAUCGAGACGGCAGUGGCUAGAAUGACGGAUCUAGUCAAACAGGAGUCGAAAGCAGUUUCUCUUGAUCACAUCUUCCUGGGAGGCAUCAGUCAAGGGUCGGCAGUCAGCAUUCACACUUUGCUUCGUAGUGAGCUGCAGGUUGGUGGAUACAUGGGAUUUUGCACCUGGUUACCUUUCCAUGACGAGAUCCAGCACCAGACGACAACCAUCAAGACACCAAUCUUCCUGGCACACAACAAAGAUGACGAGGUCAUCUCCGUGGAGAAUGGAGAACAAAUGCGGGAGACUCUACAGCAUAUCGGGUUGGAGGUGACAUGGCGAGAGUAUGAGGAAGGUGGUCACUGGUUCAACGAACCAAAAGGCAUCGACGAUGUUGUUGCGUUUCUCGCACGCUGUGGUGUCUCGAGCAGAAACCGAAGUGCAACAGCAUCGCAAUCGACGGGGUAG